GAACCUCUAGGGACCCAAGAUUGGGAACCACUGUAUUAAGGGGCAUCAAAGGUGGUGUGAAAUCAACAUGCAGCCUGAGAAGGUUUGGUGCAUGGUCUGUUGUAGAAUCUAGCAACCAGGGAGCCCAAUCUGAUCUUCUUUCUGAGUGCUAUAUGACUGCCUCGGGCGCCCUGCUGUUUCCUCUUUGCUUUCCUGAAGGGACCGUGGGUCAGGAGGGGGUGGGACCUGCAACAUUGGCAUGUACCCUGAGUCCUUUGCAUGGAUUAGGCAGCUCUGCCAGAAACUCUAGAUGUUAUACCCACUUGCAGUUGCGCCCUGUGAUCUUGAAGUGUGCCCAGUUCUGCGUGCCACAUCUGCCAGCCUUGCAAUUUCCAGGAACUUGGUCCGUGUUGCAGAGCAAUGGUUCUCAACAUUUGGUAUGUUUCUACCUACCCAUCACUCUGCUGGAGACGCUAAGUUCCGAAAAAGCUAGAAACAGAAACCCUGUUUGCAGGCAUUCCGUUACAUUGAUCAUUGAUGGUAAGAAGAAGUAUCAAGAUGAGCCACAUGGAGGAGAACUUUGGCCGCGAAGAGGCUAGGUCGCAGCUCGUGACCAAAAGGAAACUCCUUAAGAUGCUGAGUUUAAGCCCUGGGCACAGCCACGCACGUGGGACUGAAGGCAGGGAAAAGAAAAUCGCCUCCAUGACAUGGCCCGUGAAACCCGUACAUACCAUCAAGAAACGCAAAGCCUUCUUGGUACACCGUGGUACCCAAACGGAAGAGAUCCCUGACAUUUGCAUAGAGUGUGGGAAAGUCUUUAUCCAGAACUCGAGCCUGGUCAAUCCCUGGCCCGUCCAGCCUGACGAUAAACCCCACAAGUGUUCCGAAUGUGGCAAAAGCUUUACGGUCCGUUCGAGCCUGAAUAGGCACCAGAGGAUCCACACGGGGGAGAAGCCCUACAUCUGCCUCGACUGUGGCAAACGGUUCAACGACAAGUCCAACCUCACGCAGCACCAGCGGAUCCAUACGGGGGAGAAGCCCUACGAGUGCAUCGAUUGCGGGAAAAGCUACAGCCGCAGCUCUCACAAGAAGAAACACCUCAAGGACUCUCCCGAAGACCAGCAGGAGGCUUGCGGCCAGAGCGACGGCCCGGACCUCGGCAGCCUCGGCGGGGAGAAGCCCAAGCCCAGGCCGAAAGCCGAGGUCUUGAACACGUGUACGGAGUGCCUGCGGAGCUUCAGCCACAACGCCGACCUCAUCAAACACAUGCGCAUCCACACCGGGGAGAAGCCCUACAAGUGCAACAUCUGUGAGAAAAGCUUCAACGUCAGCUCCAACCUCUUUAGGCACCAGCGGAUCCACACGGGGGAGAAGCCGUACGUGUGCUCCGAGUGCGGGAAUUGCUUCACUGACAAAUCCACCCUGGUCCAGCACCACCGGAUUCACACUGGGGAGAAGCCUUACGCCUGCCGGUUCUGCGGCAAGUGCUUCAGCCACAGUUCCCACCACAAGAGACACGAGAAGAUCCACAACAGAGAGAACCCCUUGUUCGCCUACCCUAUCCCCUGGGCUCAGAAAGGUCUGUUAAGAAUCUGGACAGCUGCAGGGAGCCAUGGCCAAGGCAGACCUCGAGGAGGAGCCUGUAAAAGCAGUUCCAUCUUCCUGGGCAUCCGGAAGGUGACAGGCACUUUAUUGGGAUGGGAGAAGUUGUGGGAAGCCGACGCUCUCCCUCCUUCUUCCCUCCGCUGCUGCCUCUUCUUCCUCCUCCUCCUCCUCCUCCUCUCUCGCUCUUUUGAGGUUGGGCUUCCCAGGUUAUGGAACUGCUUCUGUGACCUGGAGGAAACUGUUCAACAUCUGCAGAAGACAAACGGGAUGCCACCCAAACGAUCCAAAGGGAAAUCUCCCCAGGUCCCAGGUCAGAAAAAACAUCCAAAGGGCCGGAGGAAAUCGGAAGAUCAUCAUCAGAGUUUCUUCUUUCUAGAGGGCAAGGGGAAAGGAGGCGGCUCGGAUAAAAAGGCCAGGAAACGCAAAGGCACCACUGCUCCGCAGAGAACCUGCUCAGGAGAGAACCCCAAUAUCUGCACGGAGUGUGGCCAGACCUUUGUGCAGAGCUCAGAUCUGAUCAAUCACCAGAGAAUCCAUACAGGAGAGAAGCCCUACAAGUGCUCCGACUGCGGGAAAACUUUCAGCGUGAGUUCCAACCUGAGCAGGCACCAGAGAAUCCAUACCGGCGAGAAGCCGUACCUUUGCUCCGAGUGCGGGAAGAGCUUCACCGACAAGUCGACCUUGGUUCAGCACGUCCGGACCCACACCGGAGAGAAGCCCUACCAGUGCAUUGACUGUGGGAAAACAUUCAGCCGCAGCUCCCAUCACAAACGCCAUCUGAAGAGCCCGCCGGGAAAACGGCAAGGCAGAUGCAGCCACCUGGAGGGCUCCUCUGCCAACGCCUUGCCUCCUGGCAAAUCCAAAAAAGCCAGAGCCUCCAAGAAGCAAAACUCUCCCUUCGAAAUCCCUCACACGUGUGCAGAGUGCUGGCAGAGCUUCAACCAGACCUCUGACCUAGUGAAGCACAUGCGCAUCCAUACGGGCGAGAAGCCCUUUGAGUGCAACCACUGUGGGAAAUGCUUCAACGUCAGCUCCAACCUGAUCAGACACAAAAGGAUCCACACGGGGGAGAAACCCUACACCUGUUCUGACUGCGGGAAGAGCUUCACUGACAAAUCCACCCUCACGCAGCAUAACCGCAUCCACACAGGGGAGAAACCCUACACAUGCACUUACUGCGGGAAAAGCUUCAGCCGGAGUUCCCACCACAAGAGACAUCAGCGGAUCCAUGCCGGAGAAAACCCUGUCUCUUUUCUGCCCCUGUGGCCUUACCCUAACCAAGUGUACUGAAUGGCGUGCAUGGGUGUUACUCAGCCGGACUCUGCGGGAGCCUCUCAAACCCCCUCCCACCACUGUGCCUUCACCUCAGGCACUUGCUACAUUUUAAUGGGUUCCUUGCCUUUUUAUGUUCUUGCAGUAGCAAAGAUAAAGCAUCAAGAUUGCUAAAGUGCUGUGAUGGAAGAGGGAGGAAAGGUAGAUUUUUCCCUCCAGCCCCUAAAGUCGUAAAUCCAUCUGGAGUCAUCAGGCGGAUACGAAUGGAACUCUCUUGUCUGGGCUUUUCUUACUUCCAUUUUACGAGGAUUUCUGCCCUACCCAGAGCCAUCAUUAAACACCCUGUUUAACUGGAUGAGAUCUAACAUGUGCAGGCUAUGGACUCAAAACAAAAAAAAAAGAGGAAAGAAAAAGAAAAAUUCAGUUAAAAGACAUGUUAUUGCCCUAUAAUAAGCCGUACUGCUACUAUAUGAUGUUCUUAUGUAUAAUGGACAUUAUUGUACUGAGCAUGCAAUAUGGCAUCUUCUGUUAGCAAGCAUGUUAAAGAACGUAUCCCCUCUCUGCUUUCCUUAACGCCUUCUACCAGGACUUAACGUCUGUGCUCUGAGGAAGCAUGGGGACAUUUCCUGUGAGAUCAACAGAGUUUAGGAAGGAAUUUGGAUCAGAAUUCUCAUUCAUGCUGUCUGGGAGAUUACGGGAAUAGUAAUUUUUAAAAAAAUAACUUUUGAAAGGUCUAGAGUGCUCCGCUGGGGUAGCAGUCCUGCCGUAAGGGCAGUAAGAGGCAGAAGCAAACGAACUGCCUCCUACAGAGUCUAGCCAGGUAUCAUCAGGGCUGAAGGAAAGGACAAGAUGCUCAUUAUUUCCUUCCUUCCUCUCUCUCUCUCUCUCUCUUCCUUCCUUCCUUCCUUCCUUUCUUGCCUUUCCAAAUUGACCAUUUCGGUCAGAGAAUAAUAGAGUUGGAAGGGGCCUGUAAGGCCACUGAGCCCAACCAC